AUGUUCAGCGAACGAGGCGUUAUGCUGAACCAGCGAGCCGCCACGCUCAUCGUCUGUGGGCUGAUAUCAUUGAGCCUUUUUGUGUGGUGGUCAACAAAUCAUCACACAUCACAUCUUCGAAUCCAGUCUGGAGCCGCUGCGCUGUUCCAAAAGGGACACUUCAACGGAACAUGGAUUUAUCAGAGAGAUGCAGCAAACCUGAUGUUAAAUACGCAGCAAUGCGACCAAGCUUUCCCCGGCCUGUUUGAAGAGGUGGAUCGACCUGUGAAGCACAGGAGCGCAUCGCAUGUCACUGUUGCGGAGCUUGACGAGAUCCCGAAACAGAAUGGCUAUGUUCGUGCAAUGAUCUUCGAUCAACAGCUCUAUGUCAUCGAAACAAAGGGUCAAAUCUAUUCUCGAGGCCUCGCAACCCUCCAGGCACUACAUCGAGCCAUUCUGUCUUCACCUGAAACUCUCCCAAACAUUGAAUUCGCCUUCAACACAGACGAUCGCGUCCCCUCGGUACCUCUUUGGAGUUAUGCACGCCGCGAUGAAGACAAAAAGAUCUGGUUGAUCCCUGAUUUCGGACAUUGGUCUUGGCCCGAGACAAAAGUUGGGACUUUACCAGAAGUUCAAAUGAAAGCUGCUGCGCUUGAAGAAGUCUGGUCAUGGUCAACUAAAGUGCCCAAGCUGUUUUGGCGAGGGGCCGUGAUGGGUCUGAAACUGCGAGAGCAACUUCUCCAGACUACUGCUGGCAAGCCCUGGGCGGAUGUCAAGGCUCUGACGUGGAGGGAGAAGGACUCGAUGGCCAACGAUCUCAAAUCCAUGCCCGAGCACUGCCAGUAUAAAUACUUGGCGCACACCGAAGGAAACUCCUACUCCGGGCGACUCAAGUACCUUCAGAGCUGUAAAUCGGUUGUCAUCGCCCACAAGAUGGACUGGAUUCAACAUUAUCAUCCUCUGAUGAGGUCAAAUGGACCGCAGCAAAACUUUGUUGAGGUUCAACGCGACUAUUCAGAUUUAGAGGACAAGAUUUCCUGGCUCGAAAACCACAGCGAGAUUGCCGAAGGGAUCGCUUCAAACAGCAUGCAGUUGUUUCGUGAGCAAUAUUUGACCCCUGCUGCGGAAGUAUGUUAUUGGCGAAGGUUGAUUCAUGGAUGGUCCAUGGUUAGUUUUGAGCCAGAGUUCUACAAUACUGUUGACGGCCAGAAGGUCUGGCGGGGAGUUCCGGUCGAGUCAUACUUGCUGGAGCGCAGACUCGAGUGGGAUCCAUAUUGA